AAACACGCCAACCUCAACACGGCGCGCGAGGGCACAGUACCGCCCACCGCAGGCACGCGCGCACAAUGGACGACCGCAAGCCAGACCGUCUCAGCCUCUCCGACUCGGACUCGGACGCCCUCUUCGACGCCCCCGCCGCCCAAAAGAACCAGCCGUCCGCCCACGACACCGCCGACGACGGCGCUGCCCCCGGCAAGGCGCGGCCCAAGGAGUCUUGGUCCACGCAGGAGGAGCGCGAGGCCGCACUGCGCAAGGAGCUCGAGAGUGUGCGCAAUGUGAACAAGGUCAUCGAGGGCGUCGUGGAAAGCCUGCAGAAAGCCAAGAGCAACAUGGACACUGUGUCACGCACGGUAACCAACGCGUCGACCCUCCUGCAAACAUGGACGCGCAUCCUCUCCCAGACCGAGCACAACCAGCGCCUCAUCCUCAACCCUCAAUGGCAGGGCGCCACCCAGGACCUCGUCGACUUACAGGAAGAGGAAGUGCACAAGCAGCAGGCGGCAGAAAGAAGGGCCGCCGAAGAGCAGGCGCGCCGGGAGGCAGCCCAGAGGAAGGCCGAGGAGGCCCAGAGGAAGGCGGAAGCCACCGCAAAGCCCACCACGCGUGGCCGAGGCCGGGGAGGUGUGCGGCCACGCGGUGCGUCUACAUCAAGCACAGGCCAAUACAGCGUCAGCGGGCAGACAGCAAGGGGCGGGCUUAACCGCAGCAGUUCGACGAGCGGCCGGGCUGGCAGCGGCAUUGGGCGGGGACUGCGUGGCAGGGGCAGGGGCCUGGGCUGAGCGCGCGCCGAGUCGAGAAAGUGCUAUUCUGUACAUACAACAUGAUACCCAAAGCUGCAGUUGCGGCACCUCGU